GCUGUUAAUCAUGCCUAUGAGUUCGUGGGUCCCUGUGUUCAAGUAUACAACGAAAUAAAGGUUCCAAAAGGUGCUGCCUUGCCCCGGGCCUUGCCAUGCCUAUAAGAGGAUUUUCUAUACGAACACCCGACUGACCAUUGGAACUACAGGUAUACACAGUAGUCAUCUGCAAUACUGCUCAGAUUGACGUUGCAUGUGUUAUCAGUGUAGUAAAGGCUCGCCAUUUGGCACCUUCAGAAGCGGCCAACAAGAUAUCAAGGAAGACAUGGUUUAAAUCCAUAGACGAAAGAAAGUCAUAUGCACUGUACGAAGGGAAACGUGAUCACUCAGUCGACAUGAAGAUGUAGACAUCAAUGAUGUGGGUGGACUCUCUUCUCGGAAUCACUUUACACGUUCCGUUUCGUUGGAAUAUUAAUUCUUGACCAAUCGACGUGAGAUUCACAGACCGGGAAGGAAAUGGCAUCGGGAACCUGCAGACAGCUUUUCGCCAACAUGAUGCGAAGGAAGGCAAACCCAAUGCAUGCGCAGAAUCAGAUGUUGGAAUCUCAACUUCACCAAAAACUGGGCACAUUUGAGCUAACACUCCUUGGGAUAGGGAGUAUGGUUGGCGCAGGACUGUAUGUGCUCACUGGUGUUGUAGCGAAGGAGACAGCAGGUCCUGCCAUCAUUGUGUCGUAUCUUAUAUCAGCGGUCGUAGCUAUCCUGAUAGCUAUGUGCUAUGCCGAACUGGCAGCGAAGAUUCCUCGGACCGGUUCGGCAUACACCUUUAUCUAUAUAGCUCUUGGUGAAGUUUGGGCUUUCUUCAUCGGAUGGAAUCUGCUCCUAGAGUACGUGGUUGCGUCAGCAUCUGUUGGCCGCGGAAUUAGCGGAUACAUUGACCAUCUUUGCAAUGGGACGAUUUCCAACUUCACCAUCGAGUAUCUUAUGGGUGGAGAACCCUGGCAAGCUACCUACUUUGCUCAGUACCCCGACCUUCUUGCGAUAGCAAUUGAACUAUUUAUCUCUAUUUUUGUUAUACUUGGGGUAUCUAUAUCAUCUUGGAUGAAUACAAUAUUUCUUUCCAUUAAUGUAGUGGUUGUUCUUAUUAUUUGUGGCUUGGGAAUAGCUUUCGGCAAACUCGAGAACUGGACUACCUACGGUGGCUUUGCCCCGUUUGGGAUAGAAGGUGUCGUAACGGGCGCUGCUACUCUAUUUUAUUCGUUUGUAGGGUUCGAUACUAUAGCUAACUGUAAUGAAGAGGCGAUAAACCCUAAACGAGGUAUUCCCAUCUCCACGAUUGUUUCUGUGUCGACUGCCGCAAUAAUGUACAUUGCAACUUCUGCGUCUUUAACCCUGUUGGUUCCAUAUAGCGACAUCGACGUGACCUCGUCGUUCCCGAAUGCUAUGGCUGACCAUGGUAUCACUUGGGCCACGUAUGCAAUAUCCGUUGGCGCAAUUAGCGCUAUGUCAUCGACACUCCUGGGCGCCAUAAUAUCCAUGUGCCGUUGUGUAUAUGCCAUCGCAAAUGACGGACUCUUGUUUCCUUUUCUGGCCAGAAUAAACGAGCGAACCAAAACACCCAUCAAUGCAACCCUCGUCUCCCUAAUCCUCACACUUCUCAUGACAAUUUGUUUCUCAAUGGAUCAACUUGUCCGUUUUCUCUCUGUUGGAACGUUAAACGCAUUUGCCUUUGCCUCUGGUUCUCUAAUAAUAUUACGCUACCAGCCCACGGAGUCAGAUCUAUACACCACUGAGCUUACAGAUUACGCCUCCACAUCAGAUGAAUCUCGGAACGGCUCGCAGGAUUCUUCAGAUAACCUUCCUGACGUUGAUGAAGACUUACACAAACAAAAUGAUGAUAAACAAAGUCUCACGCAUGGUCCUACUGAUCAGACAAGCCAUCUAAACCGCAACGUAGUACCUAUGAUACCCGGUACCCUGAAGAAACGAUACCGGAACAUCCCGAUCAUCAAGCACCUCUCCAGGUUCCCUCCGGGGCGAUGCGUCGUUUUCAGCCUUCUCAUCUCAGUGAUCUGUGUAAUAUGUGCACUUGCCGUUGCAGAGUAUGGCUUCAAGAGCCUCCUUAAUGGAGAUUGGUGGGCGAUACUACUGCUAGUGUUCUUCACAGCAGGAGCUGUUCUGUCUUUUCUCCUGAUCGCUAUGCAUCACCAGGAAACACCAUCGGAAGAAUAUUUUAGUGUAAAGUUUGUUCCAUUAGUUCCAUAUAUGAGCAUCUUGGCGGAUAUUUUUCUUCUCUUGCGUCUAGAUGUCGAGGCAUGGGUGCGCUACUUAAUCUGGUUGGCAAUAGGUGCUAUUAUAUAUUUUGCCUAUGGAUACAGACACAGUCAUUUAGCUGAUCAACGAAGACAGGGUGAAGUCCUUCGGUCACAGUUUGAUUACGGGACAAUGAUAUCUCACCAGGAUUAAAAGGCCUUUUUAAUACCGUCUUCGAAAUCAGCAAUACCGAGCUUUCGCAACUGGAACGGGAACGAAAAUGUAUUGAUAAUGCCCGUCAAAUCAAAAUGACAGCCGAUAGGGCCUUGUCGAAAAUUAGUAAACUCAUGAGACAGGUGAUCGUCGUAAAUUCUUAGCUGACGAAAAAUUACAAACAUGUCUUUUGUCCAGAAUCAUGAUCGACAGUAGUUUUGAUUCACCGACUUUCGACAAAGACUCCUUUUGACAUAAAGGACUUUUUAACAAAAGAUUAUCUACGUCCCAGAAUGCAUCUGUUUAGUGUUGCGAAAACUCUCUUAUCUGCUUAUGGGGGAAAGGAACAGAACUUGGUCAAA